AUGACACUUAUCGGUGCUAUCUUAAAGAAGGUCAAGUCUAAGGACUCAGUAAGGAAAUACAAUUCACCACCCCCCGAAAUGGAAGGCAUUCCGAGGCCAAAGAAAAAGAGGCACAUUGACAAGUACGCCCACGUGAAUGCGGUCGUAGACUGCAAGCCGCCAAUUUACGACUGCGGGCGACUGUUUCGAAACGAAAGAAAAUGGCGGCAACAUAUAAUCAAAAUGGCGGUGGACAACGCGCGUAUAUUAAUGGCGAUACGAAUGGCACAUUUUAAUCGCGGCAAAGUUGACAGCCACUGGAAAUGGCGGCUUCCUACAAGCAAAGUGUAUUACGCUAACAGAGUGAACUUCCUAACGCAACUGCAAAGGAAUAAUCAAGCCAUGUACAAACUUAUUAUGAGCACUGGUCCAAGGGUGCAGUCAACUCGGAGCCUGGAAGUGGACUGGCGGAUAAAUCGACGUGAGAUGCUCCAAAGAGCGCAGAACAAAUUCGUUCUGUUUUCACCUGUGCCAGAAGAGACUGUAGAAGACUCGGCCUUUAGGAAACCACGUGAUGUUACGCGACCGAGGGCGCGACUUACUAUCCAACUGCGUGGAGGGGCAGUGGUCGGCGAGCUGAAGGUGGAGCUGUUCGAAGACGUGUGCCCUAACACCUGCAGGCUGUUUCUGGAACUGUUGGACGGCGAGUCUGGCUACGGAUACGUGGGAACAUCUUUUUUCAGGAAGGUGCCAGGCCUGUACUGGCGCGGCGGCGACGUUGUUUACGACAACGGUUUCGGGUGCUACGCGCAGCGCGGUCGAAACGUGCCGAUAGGCGCUGAGACUUAUCACUUCCCGCAUUCGAUGUCAGGUCUAUUGUCCAUGCGUGUUACGCGCGACAACGAAGUGUGCGGCAAUUUCAACAUUACUUUCAAACCGCUGCCUCAGUUCGAUUUGCGGAACGUCGUCUUCGGUAAAGUAAUCCGUCCCUGUAAAGUGUACGACGCAAUCCGGGAAUUGGGUAAUACAUUAAGCACGUAUCCGGUCGUCGAAAUCGCUGCGGCGAGGCGCCUUGUCCACGGAAAAUGGCGGAAUGGCGCGAAAAACACAAAAUUGCCGCUG